CCCUGAUGAUGGUCCAGCUUAUUGCAUAUUGAAUCACUCUCUAGUUUCAACAUUUUCAGCAUUCUGAUUGCAAUACCCAGUUGCCCCUUUUCUGAUCCUCAUAUUGAUCCACUGUAAUCCAAUGGCUACCUUCAUUUUAAGGUCUAAUGAAGUAGGUCAUGCCUUGGGUUUCUUCUGUCUCCUGGUGUUGGUGCACAAGUGCAAUGCCUAUGAGUUUGUAGUUGGAGGACAAAAGGGUUGGAGUGUUCCUAGUGACCCAAGUACCAACCCUUACAAUCAAUGGGCAGAAAAGAGCCGAUUUCAAAUAGGAGAUUCCCUUGUGUUCAAUUACCCUUCCGGCCAGGACUCAGUGAUUCAAGUAAAUAGCCAAGACUUUGCUAGCUGCAACUCUGGUACAAAUUCUGAUAAAUUCUCUGACGGUCAUACAGUCAUCAAACUAAGCCAAUCAGGGCCUCACUACUUCAUAAGUGGAAACAAAGAUAAUUGUCUCAAAAAUGAGAAGAUUGUGGUGAUUGUGCUGGCUGACAGGACUAACAAAAACUCAAACACCAACCAAACAAGCACUGCUUCUUCUCCUUCUCCUUCACCCUCAGUCUCAAGAGAAUCAUCACCUCCAGUACCAGCACCUGUUCAGCCAGGGGUUCUUCCAUCUCCACCACCAGCUGGGACUAUAGAGACUCCACCUCCUUCUCAGCAAGGGGCCGCUACAUCUCCACCACCAGCACCAGCGACUGUGGUGACAAAUUACCCAACUCCAGCUCCUGUUAGUGAACCUCCUCCUCCUAAUGCUGCUUCUUCAAUCUUGGUCAGCUUUGCUGGUUCUAUGGGAGCAUUCAUGGCUUCAGUUCUGGUUUUAUCUUUCUAAGUGGAGUAUAUAUCUGUGUGUGAGUAUAAUUUUCUAUAAAUUCUUUUGUUUUUUCCUAUAAUGGAUUCCUAAAAGUUCAGUAUUAUUGAACUGGUUGUGAGAACUCAGAUAUAAGAUGAUAUUGAAAUAAAAUAAAUUAUUUUUAUGA